AUGAGCGACUCUGCUUCCGCCUAUGAGCCCGACGACGACGCCCAGUCCGAGUCCGACUUCGAGCCUGAGUCUGACUUCGAACCAGAGCCUCAGUCCGACUUUGAGCAACACUGCUCGUCCAAUGAACGCUCUUCAACUCCAAAUCAAAUACCGAACGGAUAUGAUUACAACCGCGACCCGUCAUUCGAUGGGGUCAGACGACAAAUCGGCGAUGCGCUUAUGGCACGCGUCCCGCAGAUGCGUGGACCUCUCACAUUUCUCCGAGCCUACUCCCACCUUAUGGUGCAAAACGAUGAGGUUAUUGACUAUACCUCGUUGAGAGAACUCGAGAGCACCUACGAAGUCAGUCAACAUGGCUCGAUGGUCUGGACGCCCACUGAGAAGGAAGUGUUCUUCAAUGCAUUGGACCGAAAGGGCAAAGGCGGUAUCAAAGAGAUUGCUGCUGCAAUCGGCACCAAGUCGGAACUCGAGGUCAUGGAAUACAUCCGACUUUUGCAUAAGGCUUUGGAGGCCCAGUAUAGUUCCGACGUGCACCUGGAGGUUAUGCCUGUCUUGAGCGAUAUCCCAGCGGCCACAGAGGUCAGCCCGGAAUGCUGCGGACUAUUGGAGGAAUAUGCGGAUGUUCUAUCAUUGAAAGAGUCCCUCCUUGAAGCUCAAGCGGGAACAAACCAACACGGAGAUAACUGGAUUAUCACUGGAGCUCAUGCAGAGAGUCUGACAGACGAGGAGGACGACAGUGCUCGAGGUGAUCUCCGCCUCGCAGCUGAUUUGCUGAACCUUCCAUAUUGGAUUCGGCUUUCUUCCGCCUUGUUCAUGAACUUCGGUGGCAAGCAAGUUGAGAACAACUGGUGGAACCUUGCCAACAGAAAAGACCUAAUCACAUCAUAUGGACAUACCCCUUCUAUGACUGCAGAUACUGCCGUGGACUUCUACUCUCUCACUGUCAGUGCCACGCGCCGCUUGGUCCAAUCAUCACUCUUCUUUGCAAUGUCAAGAUUGCGCAGUUCAAGUCGCAGUGGGAAUGAUAGAAAGGGGUAUGUUCGAACGCAAGAUGUCCGGGCCGCCAUUGAUGUGCUCCAUAUGAAGCAAUGCAGGCCUAAAUUCGUGGACAUCGCUCGUCGCAAUGAAACCGUCCUAGAAGACAUCAACAACCGGAAAGGCUGGGUGCCUACGGUAUUCACCUACGAAGAAGCCGAGGAGAUCAUCGAAACACACGAGUGGACCCGGUACCGUAAAGAUGGAACCGUGUAUAAUGACGACAAUGAAGAGGACAGUGAAGACGACGACAUCAUUGACGAUGACAUCGAAGUGGACGACGAUGUCGGAAUGGAUGAUGAGAUCGAAAUGGCAGUCAACCCGCAAGAGGCAGAACCUGAGGCAACGCCGGAACCAGAAACUGGAGAGCCCGAACUUGAAUACGAACCAGAUUCGGAACUAGAUUCAGAACUAGACGACCUUGACAACUACCCUUUGCCUACGCACGAGUCCUCCGAAACACCAGCGCCGGUUGUAUUGCCAGACGAACAGGAAAUAGACCCAGAAGAAGAGCAAGCAGAACUCGCAGACCAGAACAUCGGCCGUCGCGAAGAGGCCAAUCUUCUGAAGUUGAUGGAGCAACCCGUGCCGUUCGACCUCGACGAACCUAUGAAGGAAGAAGAAGUCGAGGAAGACACUAAGCUACUGCCAGAACGCAGAAUUCGAGAAGAUGUCUUUAAUUGGCGGGAUCGGACCGUCUACCGUAGCGAGUGGGAGGAGUACGGAUACGAUUUCGCCGAUCUGAAGGAAGACAUGGAAAUGCCUCCGCUGAAAAGGCCCAGAUACAACGAACCGGCAGUUGCUAUCUCCGCUCCGGUUCUUUCGGGCGACGAUGCAAUAGUUGAGAGUGGGGACGAUGAGGAUGAAUCCGAGCAAGGAGAAGACCCGGCCAACUAG